AUGACUAGUAUAGCGCUGCUAAUCAAGUUAGGCAUAGAGCGGUUUUUCUAAGAUGACAAUGUUACAAAAACAAUAAUAUUAUAUUAAAUCAAUUUACAAUCAAUUAAUUUACCUGAAAUGGUUUCAUUUUACAAGAAGUACGAUCUGUUCUAAGACACAUACUGACGCAGAAUGAGUUCUGCAAGUAAGGUAGGUGAAAUAUUCACCGCAGCAGGUUCAGCCUUCAGCAAAUUAGGUGAAUUAACAAUGCAGCUACAUCCAACAGGAGAACCUAGUCCAAGCGGAGGAAAAUGGACAGAUGAAGAAGUAGAAUUAUUGAGGGCAACAGUGAAACAGUUUGGUGAAGAUCUUAAUAAAAUAAGUGAAGUUAUAAAAAAUAGAACUAUCUCACAAAUCAAAAAUAAAUUAAAAAGAAAAGCAUAUGAUGAUGCUGGUUUACACCCACCUCCAGAAACUUCUGUUAGUUUGGUACAGAAAAAUGUUACUCCAAUAAUUACAGAAUCACAAAGUAAAAAACAAAAAACUUCAGAUGUGACAUUAAGUGCUUUAAAUGCUCCAGAGAGUGAUGUUGAUAUUGAAGGACUCGGAGAAGCAUCUGCUUCCAAAAAAUUAGACUUUGAUUCAGAUGUCGAUUCCAGUAUGUUGUGAGAUAUUCAAAUGUUGUUGAAGAUUUGAAAUGAAAGACAAUAUUAAUAUUUGUUCAUGUCAACAUUAAAGUGUACUGUGAGCAUAGGCGUACGGGCUCGAUGACAGUUAGGGGGGCAGGAACCUGUAUUGCCCGAAACAAUUUCGGGUUUAGAGACAGCGGCGCGGUCUUCCUCGAGAGGCGAAGUAUCGGAGCUUACCUUGUGUGGACCCCCCCCCCCC